AUGACCCUCAAGACAGCCACGACCCUCAAGACAGCCACGACCCUCAAGACAGCCACGACCCUCAAGUCACCCACGACCCUCAAGACAGCCACGACCCUCAAGACAGCCACGACCCUCAAGACAGCCACGACCCUCAAGACAGCCACGACCCUCGAGACAGCCAUGACCCCUCAAGACAGCCACGACCCUCAAGUCAGCCACGACCCUCGAGACAGCCACGACCCUCGAGACAGCCACGACCCUCAAGACAGCCACGACCCCUCAAGACAGCCACGACCCCUCAAGACAGCCACGACCCCUCAAGACAGCCACGACCCUCAAGACAGCCACGACCCUCGAGACAGCCACGACCCUCGAGACAGCCAUGACCCCUCAAGACAGCCACGACCCUCAAGACAGCCACGACCCUCAAGACAGCCACGACCCUCAAGACAGCCACGACCCCUCAAGACAGCCACGACCCCUCAAGACAGCCACGACCCUCAAGACAGCCACGACCCUCGAGACAGCCACGACCCCUCAAGACAGCCACGACCCUCGAGACAGCCACGACCCCUCAAGACAGCCACGACCCUCGAGACAGCCACGACCCUCAAGACAGCCACGACCCCUCAAGACAGCCACGACCGUCAGGACAUCCACGACCCUCAAGACAGCCACGACCCCUCAAGACAGCCACGACCCCUCAAGACAGCCACGACCCCUUAA